CCUCCUUUCUGCUGACAUUCAAGAUGCGGGAGUUGCCACCAUGUUGGCUCCACGCCGGAUCAUCCUUGCCGUCUUGGCCGUCAUUUUCUUCCUGUCUAGUGCGAACUAUUCCUGGCGUCAGCUGUCCCACAGGCUUAAAAGGACUUCUUCUCUUUCCGAUCGUCGCGCCCGGCUCUGGAAACCACUCCAUUUCCUGCUGGAACAGCGUGCGCCAGACGGGGCUCAGCCGAUUCUGCAAGGCAGCGUCGGCCUCCCACGAUUCAACGCCAUCAGUGAAGUUGCGCGAGAAAAUCACAUUGCGAACGGGGACGAGAUUCGACUCCCUCUGCAAGCCGCACACGAUGGCUUUGUGCAGGAUAUCCGCGAUCUAAAUGUCGAUCGUGCCUACAUUCCGGGAACGGUGGGGAUAGUGUCAUCCGCCGGCGGGUCAUACUUACCCACUUUUAUAGUCUCUCUUCAUUUGCUGCGGCAGACGGGAUCAGAUUUGCCAGUCGAGCUCUUCAUGAAAGAUUUGUCCGAGUAUGAGCCCCAUGUCUGCGAGGUGAUCUUACCUCCUCUGGGGGUAAAAUGCGUGGUUCUGUCCGAGAUCCUCGCAGGUCAGGACGACGCGAAACCUAUAGAGGGCUUUCAACUCAAAUCAUUUGCGAUGCUGUUCUCCUCAUUCGAGACGUUUCUCUGGCUAGACGCAGACUGCGCCCCUCUGCACGAUCCCACACCAAUUCUCAGUUCUGAACCUUUUAUAUCCACAGGGCUCGUGACCUGGCCCGACUUCUGGGCAAAUACAGCUGCUCCCGUGUACUUUGAUAUCUCCCGCCAACCGGCGCCUCCAUCCACUGCUCGACAAGCGACAGAAGCAGGAGCGCUACUUCUUUCGAAAGAAGCACACUUCCUUACUCUCCUUCUCGCUGUUUAUUAUAAUUACCACGGGCCGGACUACUACUAUCCAUUACUCGGCCAAGGCGCCCCUGGAGCAGGCGACAAAGACACCUUCCUUCACGCCGCAACCGCCCUCAACACCACGUUUUACUCUGUCAGUGAAGCAGUAGUAGACUUAGGAAACGUCACUCCUUGGAAUCCCAGCACCGCCGUGAACGCCGGGUAUAUCCAAGCUGACCCCAUCGAGGACUAUAAUCUCACAAGCCACGGAAAGUGGAGGAUCCAGGAUCCAGCUGUGUCCACGCCUCCCCGGGCCUUGUUUAUCCACGCUGGGGCCCCGGAAUUCAACCCGGGGAAGAGUCUUUUGAGUGACAAGUUGCGCGGCUUUGAUGGAAAACACACUAGAUUAUGGACUCAUCCGCCCGAGGCCAUGGAGAGGAUUGGGUAUGAUGCUGAGAGGAGGUUCUGGGAGGAGACUUUGGAAGUGACCUGCAGUAUGGAGUCGGUGUUUGAGUCGUGGAAGUCGAAAACUGGACUCUGUGAUGAUGUACGGGUGCAUUGGACGGCUGUUUUUGAGGAUCCAGAAAAGGAAGCCCCGAAAAUCACGGAUGGUGGCUCAAGUUGGAUGUCGUCCCUAAGUCACCGUCGUAGCCCCGGUGUUUGAAAAAUGACCGGGCCACAAAAUCUCUUUGAAGUAUGUCUCUACUAGUUUACACCCUGUAUAUACGCAUGCCAUAUCA